AUGGCACCAGCAUUAUUAGUCAACGAAAGCAGCAGCCCUUCUUCCACUUUUAGCAGCGAUACUUUGGUGCCAAAUAUCGAAGAUUCCCAUGUACCCAGUACUUCUCGAACUCGUCGGCGCCACGAGAGCGCUUUGAUCAAACGCAGUGUUAGGUCCUCGCCACUACUGGUGAAGGGUGCUGAAGGCAACUGGCUACUAGUCUCUGAUGGUGCAAAGACAUGGAAGAUCUUCGAUGGAUCCGGAGGCGCUGCGGUAUCCAACAUUGGUCACAAGGAUGCGAGAGUGUACGCCGCAAUCAUUGAGCAGCAGGCAACCGGCAUCUCAUACACACCUUCUAUGAGUUUCGAUACCGAAGCAGCGCUAGACUUUGCAGAUUUUUUACUUGAGUCGACAAACGAUCUUAUGGCUCAAGUGGCUUUCUACAGUUCAGGCUCCGAGGCUAUGGAGGCUGCCCAGAAGCUUGUAUAUCAAUAUUUCUCCAUCUUGUACCAGAACCGGUAUCAUGGACGCCACUGGUUCAUCGCCCGUGACAGAUCGUAUCAUGGCGCCACGCUUGGUGCUCUCGAUGUCAGCGGCCACAAAGGUCGUAAAGAGAUGUACAAGCAGAUUUUGCCCAACAACACAAAGUUCAUAUCCCCAUGCAAUCCUUACCGUGAUAUGCAGGAGGGAGAAAGUGUAUCACAGUACGUUGAGCGACUUGCUGAGGAGUUGGACAAGAAGAUCUGCGAGCUUGGUCCUAACACGGUGGCUGCGUUUGUUAUGGAGCCUGUUGUAGGCGCAGCACUUGGUUGCGUUCCGGCAUUGCCUGGCUACCUUGAAGCCAUGAAAAGGGUGUGCAGGAAGCACGGCGUGCUUUUCAUCUUGGAUGAAGUCAUGUGCGGUAUGGGCCGCACUGGCUACAUGCACGCUUGGCAAGAAGAAGGUGUGGUUCCAGACAUCCAGCUGGUGGGCAAAGGUCUUGCGGGUGGGUACGCCCCUAUCUCUGCACUUCUUGCUGGAAUUGAGGUAGCCGAUACUCUUGGGGACGAGGCCUUUGCCCACGGCCAUACAUUUCAGAACUUGCCCAUGGCGUGCGCCGCUGGCUUGGCCGUUCAACAGAUCGUCCAGGACGAUUGCUUGCUCGAGAAUGUCAGAGACAAAGGUGACAAGUUGAUGAAGAAGCUGAUGGCCCGUUUGGAAAACCAUCCAAAUGUCGGCAACAUCCGAGGAAAGGGCCUUUUUUAUGGAAUCGAGUUCGUGCAAGAUAAGAAGACCAAGAUGCCAUUCGAUCGUAAUUUGAACGUGGCAUGGAAAAUUCAUGAGCUAGGUCUCAAAGAUGGAUACAACAUGUACAUAUAUCCAGGCUCUGGUACAGUCGACGGUGAUGUCGGCGACCACGUUAUCAUUGCGCCUGCGUACAACAUUACCAAUAUGGACAUCGACAUCAUCGUGGAGAGCGUCGGAAAGCUAGUGGUGGAUUUCUUUGCAGACCUCUACACGUCGUCGAAGUUGUAG